AUGCCGCUGCGGAGCGUGAACCUCGUCUUGAGCUACCUUUUCGGCGUCGGCGUUGUCGACGAACAUGGCGCCCUUGUUGCGCUUCUUGCGUUCCUUGAAUUCCGCCAUCCUGGUUUCCUUGGUCUUUCCGAACGAUUUGUCGGUGAGGGACGCAACGGCCUCCUCAACGGCGGCCUGGCAACGCGCACCUCCGACCUCUUCCAUUUCGAAAAUGUUGGUGGAGGUCGCAAUCACGUAGCGCGGGUUGACCCUCCUGAGCGGCACACCGUUGAAAAGGAACGGCCCAGUGACCAAGAGGAGACCGCUCUCCUUGAACACCUUGAGGAGGAUGACGCGCUUCCCCUUGUAGCUCCCGCUGAGGAGGAUGAGAACGGCGCCGGGUUUGAGGGUGGGCCUGAUCUUAGGAAGGCUCGCAGGCGUGCGCCCAGUCUUCAUGCGACGCCCGGCAGUGAGCAGCCUCUUACGGCGAUUGAGGCGGAUCUGCGGCCUCUGGUUUUCGGCUUCGUUCGUCAUCUUGACGGGCGCCUGGAUUCCUGCAAGGUUAUGAGUGGUGUUGAGAAAGAAUCACACAGAUAA